CGCGCACAGAGAUGAGCUGUCCGUCUGUUUCUCUCUUCACUUCAGUGUUUGGUGUGGCAUGGAUGUUGGCAGCAAAACAGGGAAAUGAACAUGGCCUCAUUCCGCGUCCUCUUUAUUUUCACUGCUGUCUACAUCAGCAUAGGAAACGGAGGGACAACUGAACCGCAGCCAGGCUAUGAGUUUGCUGAGUCAUUCUGGAGCGUCAGGAGCAUGAACGUGUCUUUGCUCAUCACCACAACGACUGCAGAGCACGAGGGACUUUAUACAUGCACUGUGUUAACAGACGCUGGUGAUGACUCCAGCAGCACCAGCCUCAAAGUCACAGGUGCUCGAAAGAUUUCCUCUGUGUCAGUGAGUCCCUCUGUUGAGACAGUGGAGGGCAGCUCAGUGACUCUGAGCUGCAGCAGUGAUGUUAACACAGCAGCUACGUACACCUGGUACAAAGAGACUGGAAACGCUGAAAGUCGUGUCAGCGAAGAACCACAGCUCGUCUUCAGCUCCAUCCAGUCCUCUGACUCUGGAUGGUAUUACUGUGCAGCUGAGAACGAGCUGGGGAGGAGGACGUCUGCAUCCAUCUCUGUUGAUGUGAAAUAUGCUCCAAAGCGUCCCUCUGUGUCAGUGAGUCCCUCUGAGAUAGAGGAGGGCAGCUCAGUGACUCUGACCUGCAGCAGUGACGCUAACCCAGCAGCUAACUACACCUGGUACAAGGAGGAUGAAGACUCACCAAAAGCAUCCGGACAGAUCUUCACCAUCACCGACUUCAGAGCCAAACACAGCGGCAAUUAUUACUGUGAAGCCGAAAACAACAGAGGACGUCAGAGCUCCACUUUACACCUGAUUACUGUGGCAGGUGA